AUGUCGGUGAGCGAUUUGACUAUCGAUCUCCCUUGUGAUGAGGAUCUAUGGGCGAGUGGAGAUGAACAAGAGUGGAAACAGAAACUUGCUUCAAAAUCAAGCCCGAGACAGCUAGUGAAGCUUGUUGGACUGCUUUGCAACAAGGAACUCAAGAAAAACCAGCUGGAACCUCUGGGGCCUUCUGCUCUCUUUGUGGCAACCUGCACCACAUAUGUGGAAGAAAGAGCACUGAUGAAACAAUUCGGAGGCUAUUCGUCUCAUCCAAUCUUCGAAGUCCAAACAGAAACUAUCUUCAAUCGCCUGAAUAAACAGACCGACAAUCUUUUGGACAUUUUCCCACAAGUCUACAGCACCCAACAUGCCAUCUCGCCCAUUGUCGGAAAUACUGCGAAAUUGGGUCAUCUUUUCCAAAUCAUCCGCUUUAUUCCAUACCGAACUAUAUACUCAUCUUGUGGUUGGUGGAUGCGCAAACCCGAGGCAGAUAUGUUCACACGACAAAUUUCCCGGAAACUAGAGGAAGAGCCCCAAAAAGCUCGCCAGACUCUGAUCCAUGCCGCUCAACUUCUGCAUAUCGUUCGAACCCAGCAACUACCGGAAUGCUUUGACUCCUUUCUAUUUCUCAUAACAUCGCUGUACAUUUGGUUCUAUGACCGGUUCGUGGUGGCUCGAAAAAGAGGCGAAGUAGCUGGCCCGACGCACCUCCAUACUCUGCGAAUUGAUCGGGAUAGUGGCCACAUCAAUUUAGAGAAUUGGGUGAACGGAGGAGAUGAAGAAGAGAAGCUUAUCCACAUAUCCGGGAUUGGGGUCCUUAAUGGGGUAGCCAUGAUGGGCCCUGGAGGGAGCAUCGACACCACGAUCUUGAAUGACUUACACCGUUCAAAUACAAAGCAUCAACCAAUCAAAAUGGCAGCUGUUGACUAUGAAUUGAUUCGCAAUGCGAUCGCCCAGUACUCUCUCGCCAUCGACCGAAAGGAAUAUCAAAAUCUCGCGAAAGGCUUCACAACAGAUGUGGUGAUGAGGUUUCCAGAGCCAAUUGGUGUACUCAACGGCCUACCAACUGUCAUCUCCGCUAUUGAACGCGCACUUGAAAACUUGACGACUCACCAUGCGUUAACGACCCAGACCGUCAAGUUGACAGAUGAGAAGACAGCUUUGGCAACGACGUAUUGCAUGGCUAUGCAUUUCGAAAUCGAGAGUCAAGGAGAGCGGAGUGUGACUGGAUGGGGAUCAUAUGAUGAUAAGUUGGUGAAGGGGAUCUACGAUGGAAAGGAGGACUGGCGCAUCGUGGAAAGGACUGUGUAUUUCCAUGUUCCCCACACUGGAGAUACGUCACUACUCGGAUUGAACUAG